UAGUGGUUCUUCCAUUUUGUUUAGUUCCAGCAGAAUCUGUCUGUAUGUGUAUCAAAUAUUGUCUUUUACGCCUUUCCUGAGAUAUUAUUCGUCUGUGAAGAAAGAGGAACAACUCCAAGUUUAACAGCUGAAGUCUAGAGACAAACUAUUGCAGAAAUGAAGUGUAUUAAAAAGGAGAAAGAAGACUUGAGUUAUCCAGAGACACGGAUAAUAAAACAUGAAGAUGGUGAGGAACAAAGAGAUGUGUUGGAAGUGAAAGAGGAGAGUCAGGAAUUGAAUGAUGUGGAGGAGAAACAUCAGUGGGAUAAAUCUGAUAAUUUCAUAACUGGUGAAAAAUCGUCUAGUUGCUCACAAACUGAAAAACAUUUAACACAGAAAAAAACUCAAAGAACAAAAUACAGAUUUUUUUUCACAUGCCCUCAGUGUGGAAAGAGUUUUGCACAAAAACAAGGUCUUGUGAGGCACCUGAGAAUUCACACUGGAGAGAAACCUUUCACUUGCACUCAGUGUGGAAAGAGUUUCACACAAGAAGGAAACCUGACGAGGCACCUACAAUUUCACUUUGGAGAAAAGCCUUUCACAUGCCCUCUGUGUGGAAAGAGUUUUUUACAUAAAGGAAACCUUAAAAGUCACAUGUUAAUUCACACUGAAGAAAAGCCUUUCACAUGCCCUCAGUGUGGAAAGAGUUUUGCACUAAAACGAGGUCUUGAGAGACACCAGAGAAUUCACACUGGAGAGAAGCCUUUCACAUGUCUUCAGUGUGGAAAGAGUUUCUUACAUAAAGGACACCUUAAGAGUCACAUGUUAAUUCACAGCGGAGAGAAGCCUUUUGCAUGCCCUCAGUGUGGAAAGAGAUUCACACAAGAAGGAAACCUUAAGACUCACCUACGACAUCACUUCAGAGAGAAGCCUUUCACGUGUCUUCAGUGUGGAAAGAGUUUUUUACAUAAAGGAAACCUAAAGAAUCACAUGAUGCUUCACACUGGAGAGAAGCCCUUCACAUGCAUUCAGUGUGGAAAGAGUUUCUUAUAUAAAAGAAACCUUAAGACUCACAUGAAAAUCCACUAUGGAGAGAAGCCCUUCGUCUGCCCUCAAUGUGGAAAGAGUUUUGCAAUAAAACGAAGUCUUGUGAGGCACCAGAGAAUUCACACUGAAGAGAUGCCUUUCCCAUGCACUCAGUGUGGAAAGAGUUUCAAACAAGAAGAUCUACAGAGGCACCUAAAAAUUCACACGCUGUUAUCCCUGAUGUUGAGACAUACUAUUGCAAAAAUGAUGUCGAUUAAAGAGGAAAAAGAAGACUUGUGUUUUCCAGAGCCAUGGAUAGUAAAAUAUGAAGAUAUAGAGGAACAAAGAGAUGUGUUGGAAGUGAAAGAGGAGAGUCAGGAAUUGAAUGAUGUGGAGGAGAAACAUCAGUGGGAUAAAUCUGAUCAUUUCAUAACUGGUGAAAAAUCGUCUAGUUGCUCACAAACUGAAAAACAUUUAACACAGAAAAAAACUCAAAGAACAAAAUACAGAUUUUUUUUCACAUGCCCUCAGUGUGGAAAGAGUUUUGCACAAAAACGAGGUCUUGUGAGGCACCUGAGAAUUCACACCGGAGAGAAACCUUUCACUUGCACUCAGUGUGGAAAGAGUUUCUCCCAAGAAGGAAACCUUAAGAGUCACCUAAGACUUCAUUUUGGAGAGAAGCCUUUCACGUGCCCUCAGUGUGAAAAGAGUUUUUUACAUAAAGGAAACCUAAAGAAUCACAUGAUGCUUCACACUGGAGAGAAGCCCUUCACAUGCAUUCAGUGUGGAAAGAGUUUUGCAAUAAAACGAAAUCUUGAGAGACACCUAAAAAUUCACACUGGAGAGAAGCCUUUCAUAUGUCUUCAGUGUGGAAAGAGUUUCUCACAUAAUGGAAACCUCAAGAGUCACAUGUUAAUUCACAGCGGAGAGAAGCCUUUUGCAUGCCCUCAGUGUGGAAAGAGAUUCACACAAGAAGGAAACCUUAAGACUCACCUACGACAUCACUUCGGCGAGAAGCCUUUCACAUGUCUUCAGUGUGGAAAGAGUUUUUUACAUAAAGGAAACCUAAAGAAUCACAUGAUGCUUCACACUGGAGAGAAGCCCUUCACAUGCAUUCAGUGUGGAAAGAGUUUUGCAAUAAAACGAAAUCUUGUGAGGCACCAGAGAAUUCACACUGAAGAGAUGCCUUUCCCAUGCACUCAGUGUGGAAAGAGUUUCAAACAAGAAGAAGAUCUGCAGAGGCACAUAAAAAUUCACACACUGUUAUCCCUGAUGUUGUUUUAACCCAAAUAAAUUAGGUACAGUAAGCAACAUAUGUUGAAUUUAACUGCAUUAUUUGUCACAAAAUCUUUGAUACUAAGAAAUGUAAAUUAUUUUCAAUCUAAACACAAGUUUGACAAACAAUAUCACCCUAAAUGUUGUCCCAACUAGCUUAACAAAUUUGUCUAAACAAACUAUUUAAUGUUUUGCUGAUUUGCCAGAUCCCAGCAUGCACUGUGGUAUGAAUACAUUUUUAUGGUUAGUGUUAUAGGCUUAUUAUUACAGACUUUAUCUGUGCAGUUGUUGUUUUUGUCAUCACUGAUAGUUAAUAGUUGUGUGAUAAUGUUCAGAGCUCAUCAUUUUACUUCAUUAUGGUUGUUGAUAGUCACCAUUACUGAGAUGUGUGUGUCAAGUGUUGAGGUCUAUGUGCCUCCGUCACUAUUACAGUGCAUUCAGAAAGUAUUCACAGUGCUUCACUCUUUCCACAUUUUGUUAUGUUACAGCCUUAUUCUAAAAUAGAUUAAAUUCAUUAUUUUCCUCAAAAUUCUACAAACAAUACCCCAUAAUGACAAUGUGAAAGAAGUUUGUUUAAAAUCUUUGCAAAUUUAUUAAAAAUACAAAAAUCACAUGUACAUAAGUAUACACAGCCUUUGCCAUGACACUCAAAAUUUAGCUCAGGUGCAUCCUGUUUCCACUGAUCAUCCUUGAGAUGUUUCUACAACUUGAUUGGAGUCCACCUGUGGUAAAUUCAGUUGAUUGGACAUGAUUUGGAAAGGCACACACCUGUCUAUAUAAGGUCCCACAGUUAACAGUGCAUGUCAGAGCAUAAACCAAGCCAUGAAGUCCAAGGAAUUGUCUGUAGACCUCUGAGACAGGAUUGUAUUGAGGCACAGAUCUGGGGAAGGGUACAGAAAAAUGUCUGCAGCAUUGAAGGUCCCAAUGAGCACAGUGGCCUCCAUCAUCCAUAAGUGGAAGAAGUUUGGAACCACCAGGACUCUUUCUAGAGCUGGUUGCCUGGCCAAACUGAGCGAUCUGGGGAGAAGGGCCUUAGUCAGGGAGGUGACUAAGAACCUGAUGGUCACUCUGACAGAGCUCCAGCAUUUCUCUGUGGAGAGAGGAGAACCUUCCAGAACAACAACCAUCUCUGCAGCACUCCACUAAUCAGGCCUGUAUGGUUGAGUGGCCAGACGGAAGCCACUCCUCAGUAAAAGGCACACGACAGCCCGCCUGGAGUUUGCUAAAAGGCACUUGAAGGAUUCUCAGACCAUGAGAAACAAAGAUUGAGCUCUUUGGCCUGAAUGGCAAGCAUCAUGUCUGGAAAAAACCAGGCACCGCUCAUCAUCUGGCCAAUACCAUCCCUACGGUGAAGCAUGAUGGUGGCAGCAUCAUGCUGUGGGGAUGUUUUUCAGCGGCAGGAACUGGGAGACCAGUCAGAAUCAAGGGAAAGAUGAAUGCAGCAAUGUACAGAGACAUCCUUGAUGAAAACCUGCUCCAGAGCGCUCUGGACCUCAGACUGGGGCGAAGGUUCAUCUUCCAACAGGACAACGACCGUAAGCACACAGCCAAGAUAACAAAGGAGUGGCUCCGGGACAACUCUGUGAAUGUCCUUGAGUGGCCCAGCCAGAGCCUAGACUUGAACCCGAUUGAACAUCUCUGGAGAGAUCUGAAAAUGGCUGUGCACCAACGCUCUCCAUCCAACCUGAUGGAGCUUGAGAGGUCCUGCAGAGAAGAAUGGGAGAAACUGCCCAAAAAUAGGUGUGCCAAGCUUGUAGCAUCAUACUCAAAAAGACUUGAGGCUGUAACUGGUGCCAAAGGUGCUUCAACAAAAUAUUGAGCAAAGGCUGUUAAUACUUAUGUACAUGCGUGUUUUGUUUUUUUGUUUUUUUUUACUUCAAAGUCAAAACUUCUUUCACAUUGUCAUUAUGGGGUAUUGUUUGUAGAAUUGAGGGAAAUAAUGAAUUUAAUCCAUUUUGGAAUAAGGCUUUAACAUAAAAUGUGGAAAAAGUGAAGCCCUGUGAAUACUUUCCGGAUGCACUGUAUUACAGACUGUGUUUGCUGUGCAAUUUGCUAAAGCCUUAGAAGGCAUAGAGUGUACUGUGUUCUUUGCAUAAAGUAAGCAAAUAAAGUGCAAGA